GGGGGUGACCCCAAAACGACCGCCAUGGUUGCUGUGUCAGACACUCAACAGACUUAUCAGGCCCAUCAUCAGCCGGUAGUUGAUAAGGUGCCUUGUCAGCGUCAGGAGACGUAGACCACAGAACCGAUUGCUGCGGUUUAAUCUCCGCCAGCUUCUUAUCACGAAGCACUCAAAGAUAACUGCGGAUUUCACUGUUUAUUUGCAGGUGGCAGGGGGUAACCGCGUGUUCCCCGAUGCGGUCAACGCUUUAUGUGCUGGUAAUGUAGGUCAUAAUGGACAUUGAUUCAUGAGUCCACGCCCCUCAAAUCCGGUAAACAGUUCGGGAAAUUAGGACAACUUUGGGACUAACAUCUAGGGGACAAUUGAGUUGAGAAGCUCCUCAGCUCAGCCUAAGGAUGCAAACCGAAAAGCUUUUACGCCGGUUAAGGACACAGCUUUUGGAAGCAUAAGCCAUGGCAGGAAUGGUAGCUUUUGGUAAAAACUGUAAAUAACCGAAUGCAAGCUUGAUGAGAGCUUUUUUAUUAAGUAAAGUUUUGAAUAGAACGAAUAUCCUGCAGAAACUUUAACCAUUUAAAAUGUUACUUGGCUAAAAGACCGGAUCAGUUUCAAUGCUUUCCCAGUUAGCAAAGGCAAUAACCUAACGAAAUUCGUUAGCGAUAGCUUUAAGCUAAACUUUCAUCCCCAAACGGCAAGGAAACCCCACUGAGAAAAGCCCACAAUGUUCUGGACUUUCGGAGAAAUUGUCAGUGCGUCAGAAACCGUGGCCGCGCGCUCGUCGUUUUAUCCACACACCCCCCUGGCACACAAACUUCUCGAAAGCCAGCGAAAGAGCAGGAGAGAGCAAGGGAGCUGGGCCAGCUGGCACAGAAAGCGGAACAAGCCACCGAUUGAUUUUUCUCGAGCGUAGGAAACACAACAACAGUGGAAACAAGCGACGCUGGGUAAGGCAAUCCCCUGCAACAUUUCCAUAUGGAAAUAAAAAUGGCAGAGGCCCAGGAAACCAAGGACUCUUGCUCGACGAUCAAAGGCCAGCUGCCAGCUGGACCUGUUCGUGCUGAAGAUGAGGAGGAAGAAGUGGAGGUCGAACAGGAGCAGCAGGAGUUGCUAAGCGAACGGUGGUCGCCGUUGGGAGCCAACUACGAUGACGCGAAUAGCGCCAGUUCUGGCGUGGAUUGCGAACUAGAACAAGGACUGGAAAAGUCAGAAGCGCGACGUGGAAGCACUGGCAGCGAACUGGCCCGACUGCGAAGCAUCGAGGAGGAGCAGGAGCUUCUGACGAGUUCUCUGCUGGCUUUGACCUCCCACUUUGCUCACGUUCAGCUUAGAGUCCGCCAAAUUGUGGAGGCGCCAGCGGAGGAGCGGGAUCAACUUCUACGCGACCUCGAGGACUUCGCCUUCCAAGGAAUUCCAGAGGCAGUCCAGUCCAAGGAAUGCCAUCCAGAUAAGCCCGCAAGCGAGGGCGAAAAGGACCAUGGUCCUGAUAGCCAGCUCAUCGAACAACUGAAGACCCAGCUGACUGAGCUGGAACAAAUAGCCUACGAGGCUGGAGAACCUGGCAUCCUGCCGCAGCACGUAUUGCUCGAGAAACAAAAGUUUAUCCUGGACGAGCUGCGCUCCAAGCUCAAUCUCCAGGUAGAGCAGCACGAACUGCCGGCCCUCAGCACGGAACAACUGCGCCACCAGGUCGACAAUGCCAUCGGCGAGUUUGUGGGCCCUCUGAAGAUGAAGGAGCAACUGGUGGCCCAACUGAAGACGCAAAUAACUGACUUGGAGCGCUUUAUUGCCUUCCUUCAGUGCGAUGCCGUUGAGGGAUCCGUUGGGGAUCGACUGAAGCUUCUAUCCGGUGCGUACAACAGCUACGCUGCAAAGCAGACAGCACGGAGUUCACAGGCAAGUUACGUUGCCCCAAACGCUCCCGCUACGACAGCUACUAACCCGCCAUCCUCUGGAUUGGGUCCCCAUUCUUCCGGCGAGAGCUUGCACAGCAAGGCACAUGGCCUGCUGGACAAGGCUUCGGUCCUCAUGCAAAUGUUUGCCAGCACGCAUCUGGUGAAAACACGAAGUCACGACGAAUUCCAGCAGAACUCGCUCAAGAAAACGAACAAGGGCAACCACUGGGGGGAUCUGCGUGCCCAGCUUGAGGUGGACAUCCAGGAAGUAGCUGCACUGGCCGCCACUUUGAGCUGCGACCGCGAGAAGUUGGCCAACAUCAAGAGAGCUUUGCGCAAACAGCAACAACAGGCGGAUUCAACCGCUUUCACCGACACUGACAAUCCGGUUAUUAACUCCCAAAACGGAGCACUGACCCUGCCGCCUCGUUGCCGGCGAGCAGUGCCAACUGGUCACGAACUGGCUCCAUAUGCGUCCGGCGGCGCCAUAUCCUCCGACUCCGACGAGGACAUUAGCUACUCCAACUUUGAGUGGGAAAAGGAGAGCAAGAGCCGGCGGACGACGCAUGCACGCGGUGACUCCAUUGCCACAAUUGGCAGGGAAUUGACUACGGUUGUGCGGAAGAACUUUGCCCGCACAUUGCAGCAGCUUAUACAACAUGGACUUCGCAUACCAGCGGAAUCGGCUGCCUCCAGUUUGAUGGUUCCCUUCAUGAGGUGCCUGCACCCUGGACCUCCGGUAGUGCCGCCCGCCGUCGGAGGAGACUCGCAGUUCCUCGGCUUGGGCAGGGCCAUGCACGCCUGGGAACUAGUACUGGCCUAUUAUAGGUUGAAGCACGGCGAGGAGUACAACAACACGCCUGCCAGAAAGUUGUCGCAGAGCUUCCAGCUGGACAUCGUGGACGCGCAGGCUGUGACCGACAAGCAAAGUUUGCUUAGUGCCGUGGGCAUGAUUGUGGCAAUGCAUCGUCCUUACAAACGCAGCAACAACGCGCACUUUAAGGCCUUCGUCUGCGCCGGACUCAACUCCCAUUUGCUGGUGGAGUGGCUGAACCUGAUCCUCAGCUGCCAUGAACUGGUAGACACGUACUACUCGACAGACAGCUACGUGGCCCGCACAGGAUUCCGCGACUCACUGCGCUCCAUCGAUGCUCUUUCUCGAUUUGACUUCGACUUGCCGGUGGACCUGGCCAUCCGGCACUUCCGCAACAUCUAAGGGCGGCUGACUUGUACAUUUUUUGGCUUAGACUAGAUCACACUAUUCAAUGUCCAACGUAUUCUCUCUCUCACUUAUGUAAAAACUCGUGUAUAUAACCCUAGAUAUGUCCCAUUAAAUCAAUUGCUAAUCCUAACGAAA